CUAUCCAAUAAAGGCAAAAAAUGCCAGAAAAAAGAAUCAUACAUUAUUACAUCUUAGCCAGUUUAUCCCUGAAAAGCAGCUGGACAAAUCUGCGUGUUCAUUGCACUGAUUUAAUGCAACAACACAGCACAAACAAUAGAUUAUAUAGGCCUACUGUGUAUAUAAACCAUAACUCUGCUCAUGUCUGUUUGUAGAUGACUGUGUGGUGGCGGGCUCUCAUCCUCCUUUACUGUGUCCUGCACUUUGUGGAGUUCUCUGCUCCAUCUGCAGUCCCCCAGAGGAAUAAAUAUAAAAACUCCUUUCGUCUCACGAGGACCACACGAACCCGUGUCCAGCAGCUGCAGAGAAAAUAUAAGGAGCAGCAGUUGGGAAACAAGCAUUUUGAAGACAGAAGCCGACAGUUAAAGGACCUGCCAUCACUUUCUACAGAUUUCAACAGCUGGCUAAAGCUGACGGACUGGGAACGACUGCAUGCUGCUUUCUGCGACAUGCAAGCAUAUUGGAAUAUGCUGGAGUGGAAGAGGAAACAGCUGGAAAUGGAGGAGAAAGAGCAGAUAGCGGAGCGGGUGGUACGCACCACUAUAUCUCAGAGCAUCAGGCACAUUCAGUUGGACCUGAGGGACCUGAUGAAACAAGUCAGCAGUCAGUUGAGUUACAUGCAGAGCUCCUGGAUGAAGCCAACCUCUCAUAAGGUACAGGAACCCCUGAACCCAGAAACCAGCUCCAAAACAGUGUGGGACCGCCGAGUAGAGGGUUACAUCAUAUUGAGGGAUCUAGACCUUUACCUCACCAAGCUGGCAAGAGACUUCCUCCUACUGGCUUCAAAAAUAUAAAUGACUCAGCACUGAAAAAAGAAAGCUGUGACCUUGACAACACACACACAUGCACACAAACUGUCAGCACCUAGCAGAAAAUUGUAAUAACAGUUGGUAACUUUAAUCAGUUUCAGUGGUGUUUACAUGGAGCUCUCUUUAAGCUAGUCAAAUGGUUUUACAUGAUGUAUAUUCAAGGGCUUUCUUGGGUAUUUCCCAGAGUUUCUGUCUUGCCUCUAACAGAGCGGAGAGAACACUUCCCAACUGUUUUUCCCCAAGCCCUCAAUCUACUGGACUUUCCAAAGAUAUAUUUACUAUUUAUUAACAUAUUUAUUGACAUGCUAUUUAUUUCAAAGUGGUUUGUUUUAUUUUUCUUACAAUAUAGAGAAAAAGUGUUUCACAUGACAAGACAUUUUAUAUUUUAUGUAUUUAAAUAUAUUUGUGUACAAUUUGUAUGACUGUCAAUAAAGAAAUGAAGCAUUUGAAACAGU